AUGUUCACCAAACCUCGUGUCAUUCUUGUUACAGGAGCCAACCGAGGAAUAGGCUUUGCCAUCAUUCGGGCUCUGGCGACUCAUCCAGAAACGGCCGACGGUAUUUUUCUUCUCGGUUGUCGCGAUCCUGAAAAAGGCAAAGAAGCUAUCGAACAACUCCACAACUUGGGCAUUACCUCCCCGGUCCACCCGGUCGCGAUCGAUGUGACCUCUGAUGCAUCUAUCAAGCGUGCCGUCGAAGUCGUCGAACAGGGACACGGUCGGCUCGAUGUCCUAAUCAAUAAUGCUGGAUGUGGUGGCAUACCAUCGGCCACCGAUUUUUCAGACUGGCGAGACGUCUAUGCCCAAGUAUAUGACACCAACGUCACUUCGGUCGCAUUGACCACCCAAUUCUUCCUACCACUUCUCCGCAGAUCGUCGCAUGGCGGCAAAGUCGUCAGUGUUUCUUCUCGUCGGGGUUCAAUCACUCUUUCAGCCCUCGGCGUCUUGCCACCAACCGUAUCGAUCCCCUACUGUCUUUCCAAAACCGCAUUGAACAUGUUGACGGUCGAAAUGAGUCGAGAUGCCGCCAACAAAGACGUCGAAUUUCAAAUCGUUGGACCUGGACAUUGCAAGACGGCAUUCAACGGAUACAGAGGAACUAGGGAUCCUGUUGAAGGUGCCAAUGUUGUGGUUGAACUGGUGAGGGCGGAGAAGGGGAAAUAUAAAAAUGUCGGAUUUUGGGAAACUCAAGGCGCAGACAUGAAUCUUGUCGAGAUUCCUUGGUAG